GACGUCUUCAUCAGAAGAAAAAAAAAAUCAGACGUCUCCAGGCUGCAAGUAACGCAUGGAUUCUUUGCUCCUGCCGGUCUGCUUCAUAUUCCUUGCUCCUUGUCCACUCCAUUGACUCCAACCCAAAGGCAUCCAAGUCGACGAAUCUAUAAAGUGCUUGCUCCAUUUUCGCAUCAAGAAUCAGACACAUGCAUGCAGAAAUGGAGAAUGGCGCAGCUGACAAUUCGGCGAGGGCGGCCGGCGGCAUGUGCGACCGGCUCCUGACGUUCCUGGCGAAGAACCUGUCCAUGAACAGGCAGAAGGCCGUCACCGAGGGGCCAAGGAACGGCGGCGGCCACUACCAUCAGGAGGAGGGAGAGAGAGAGGAAGAGGAAGAGGAAGAGGACGAGUACACCGUACGGAUCGAGAGGGCUGACUUCGACCUCGAGCUCGGCGAUCACGGCAACACCGCCACGACCAUCCUGGAAGACGUAAGCACCGUGGCUGCGACGGCGAGUGACGAGCAGCGGCAGAAGGGAGCCGCCGCGGCGGUGGAGGAGAUCAUGAAGGUGAGGAAGACGGUGACGAUCAAGGACGACCGGCCGGAGGAUACCGCCGCCACCGGGGAGAAGGGCGCGGCGGCCGCGUUGGAGAGGAAGAAGUCCAUGUUCAAGAAGCGGCAGGCCGCGUCGUCGUCGGGCGGGGGAGGGGAGGAGCAGGGCGGCUGGGCGCCGAGGAGGACUGGGCUCCGGCCGCGGAUGCAGGCGGUGCUACGGGUGGCGUCAAACAUCGACGAGCGGUCCUCCACUCACAUCGAGGAGCGCAAGAGGAGCUUCGGCGGCAAUGGCAAGCCGGUGCCGGACAAGUGAACCAGCCGGAGUACUGCUUGGCGAACGUAUGCAUGCAUGUACGUGUCAAUGUGUGUGGAUUUGGAUUAUGGCUUAGUAAUGUCUCCAAUGGCUUCAUCGUAAUCAAUCAAGUAGUACGUAAUAAAACUGUGGAUAAUUAAGGAGGAUUGAUCGACAAAAUAAUCCUUCCGCUUUCUAUCUA